ACUGUGAUUUUCAUCUCUGUUCUGGCACCAACAUUAAAAAGAUAAAUGUCGUAUUCACCAGAAGUGUACUGUAAUGUCUUAUCUAAACACCGUAAAUAAAAGUGUACAACCCCUAUAAAUUGUAUCCCGGAUAAAUUUAUCGAACUAUAGAGAUAUAUACACAAAAAGCUCCAGAAAACACAGAACAAAAAGAUGGGAAAAGGAGGAAAUGACCGUUCUGGUUCUGGUGAACAGGAGAACAUGGCUGCUUGGCUUCUUGGUAUUGAUACUCUUAAGAUUCAACCCUUUAAGCUCCCUGCUCUUGGGCCUCAUGAUGCUAGAAUUAGAAUGAAAUCUGUUGGUAUAUGUGGGAGUGAUGUUCAUUACCUCAAGGAAAUGAAAUGUGCAGAUUUUAUUGUGAAAGAGCCCAUGGUAAUUGGUCAUGAGUGUGCUGGUGUCGUUGAGGAAGUUGGAAGUGAGGUGAAGGAUCUGGUGCCUGGUGAUCGUGUGGCACUUGAACCUGGAAUUAGUUGUUGGAGAUGUAACCAAUGCAAGCAAGGCAGUUACAAUUUGUGCCCUGAGAUGAAGUUCUUCGCUACACCCCCAGUUCAUGGUUCUCUUGCGAACCAGGUGAUACAUCCUGCAGAUUUAUGUUUCAAACUCCCUGAUAAUGUGAGUUUGGAUGAAGGGGCAAUGUGUGAGCCUUUAAGUGUUGGUGUGCACGCUUGUCGCCGAGCCAACAUUGGGCCUGAAACAAACGUAUUAAUAAUGGGAGCAGGACCUAUUGGCCUAGUAGCAAUGCUUGCAGCACGUGCUUUUGGUGCCCCUCGGAUCAUGCUUGUUGACGUAGAUGAGUAUCGUCUAUCUGUUGCGAAGGAGCUAGGUGCCGAUUCAGUUGUAAAAGUAUCAACUGAUAUUCAGGAUCUCGACAAGGAACUUGAACAGAUUCACAAGGUUAUGGGGGUCGAAGUUGAUGUGACUUUUGAUUGUGCUGGCUUCACCAAAACAAUGUCAACGGCAUUACGUGCUACUCGAUCAGGAGGAAACGUCUGCCUUGUGGGAAUGGGUCAUGGUGUGAUGAGUGUCCCACUCACCCCAGCUGCAGCUAGGGAAGUUGAUGUGUUAGGAGUCUUCCGCUACAAGAACACAUGGCCUCUGUGCCUUGAGUUCCUUCAAAGUGGUAAAAUCGACGUGAAGCCUCUUAUAACCCACAAAUACGGAUUCUCUCAAAAAGAAAUUGAAGAAGCCUUUGAGAUUAGUGCUCGUGGUGGUAGUGCCAUCAAGGUCAUGUUCAACUUGUAGGGUUGAAGGGAAUCACCAUGCCGUCCUCUGUUGUGUUUAAGACAAUAAUCAUCAGACAUCCUUUUAGGAAGCUGAUUAUAUGUACCUUGCUACUUUUCAAAGGACAAUGUUUUAGAAUGCUACUUCAUUUGGUUGUAAUUGCAAUACAAACUGCAACUGUAAUGGAAUCUGUUUUCUUUAAGACUAA